AUGAACAUGAGGCUGCUCUAUCUGGCCGCUAUUGUAGUGGUCCUGGCGGCGACGCUGCUGCAAAGUGCGGCCGCCAUGGACUACUAUCAGAAGGAUAUGAAACAGAAGAAGCAGUGCUACACAGUCGAGAAGUGUGUGAAGCAGGAGCGCAAAUGUAUCCAAUAUGAGAAGGUUUGCACGCAGCCGCAGAAGAAGUGCAUCCAGCACGAACUUAUCUGUGUGCAGCAAGAGAACCAGUGCAAGCAGUACGAGCCCGAAUACCAGAAUGUUAAAGUCUGUGUUGCGUACGAGAAAGAAUGCGUGCAAUGGAACUAUAAGGAUGAGUGCCAGCAGGAGUACGUCCAACAGAACAAUUACUUCUGGGGCAUGAGAUGGUCCAAUGAGAAGAAGAAGGAGCCUGUCAAGAAACAGUGCAAGAAAGUUCAGAACGGCUGCGCACAGUGGCAGGAGAACAAGAACAAGUGCGCACAGUAUGGCGAACAACAACAGAAGAUCGGACAAAAGUGCUCCGACUAUGUCCAGGUGUGCACGAAGACGAAACCCGGGAAAUGCAUCCAGUAUCAGGAGACCUGCAACAACUAUCAGCAGCAGUGUGCACAAUGGGCUAACGUGUGCCAGCAGUACAAGAAGGAGAUCGUCUGUCCUGAACCCAAGAAGGAGCCGCAGAAGAAAGUUAAGCAAGAGCAGUACGUGAAGAAGGACAACUACGUGUGGCGAAUGUACGAUCAAAAGAAAAAGUAUGAUCAGAAAAACGUAGAGCAGCAACAGAAGAAUGAAUGGUUCCAGCAGCAGAAUGAGAAGAAGCAGUACUAUUGGCAGCCACAGAAGACCCAGUACUACAAGAAGAAUGAUUACAAGAAGAAUGUUUACAACGACCAGAAACAGUACUACUGGGAGCCACAGAAGACCCAGUACUACAAGAAGAAUGAUUACAAGAAGAAUGUUUACAACGACCAGAAACAGUACUACUGGGAGCCGCAGAAGACCCAGUACUACAAGAAGAAUGACUACAAGAAGAAUGUUUACAACGAUCAGAAGCAGUACUACUGGGAGCCGCAGAAGACCCAGUACUACAAGAAGAAUGACUACUACCAAAAGAAGGACAACUACGUGUGGCGAAUGUACGAUCAAAAGAAAAAGUAUGAUCAGAAAAACGUAGAGCAGCAACAGAAGAAUGAAUGGUUCCAGCAGCAGAAUGAGAAGAAGCAGUACUAUUGGCAGCCACAGAAGACCCAGUACUACAAGAAGAAUGAUUACAAGCAGAAUGUUUACAACGACCAGAAACAGUACUACUGGGAGCCGCAGAAGACCCAGUACUACAAGAAGAAUGACUACAAGAAGAAUGUUUACAACGACCAGAAACAGUACUACUGGGAGCCGCAGAAGACCCAGUACUACAAGAAGAAUGACUACAAGAAGAAUGUUUACAACGAUCAGAAGCAGUACUACUGGGAGCCGCAGAAGACCCAGUACUACAAGAAGAAUGACUACUACCAAAAGAAGGACAACUACGUGUGGCGAAUGUACGAUCAAAAGAAAAAGUAUGAUCAGAAAAACGUAGAGCAGCAACAGAAGAAUGAAUGGUUCCAGCAGCAGAAUGAGAAGAAGCAGUACUAUUGGCAGCCACAGAAGACCCAGUACUACAAGAAGAAUGACUACAAGAAGAACGUUUACAACGACCAGAAACAGUACUACUGGGAGCCGCAGAAGACCCAGUACUACAAGAAAAAUGACUACAAGAAGAAUGUUUACAACGACCAGAAACAGUACUACUGGGAGCCGCAGAAGACCCAGUACUACAAGAAGAAUUACAAUCUAUACGGAAAGAAAGAAAAUCCAUACGUUCCGCAGUAUUACUACUGGGAGUGA